CUCCACUCCUCUCGCUGCCUCCUCUCUGCCCCCGUUGCAGCUCCAGUCCUCACAGCGCCGCAGUCAUGGACGGACCCAAACUUCGCUAACUCCCUUUCGCACCCCCAAACUUUUCCGAUGCCUUUUACGCACUGACGCACCGCAAAUGCCACGGCUUUACUGUUCUAUGGAGACUCUACUGUGACUUGGGGACUGCUUUGACUCGACUUUUCGCUUCGCUGUGGUUCGCUCAUGCGUCGGGAAUGCCAUGGCGCACACUCCGAGCGCUCAGCAGCAGCAGCACCAGGAUUAUUUCAGAUCCGUGAGCAGCGAGUCCACCACGUACAUGAUGGUCCCGGCCGGCGGGCCUCCUCCCAGGCCACGCCGGGAGACACCGUCCAGGAUGUGGGUGGCCAUGGUCGUGAUUGUGGUGGUCGUCCUGCAGAUCGCCUCCACCACGGGGCUCUUCGUUUACCUGAACAUGUCCAUAUCCCAGGUUCGGAGUCAGGGUGUCACAGAAGAACUCAAGUGUCUGAGUUUACUCAACGUUUUAGACAAAGAUCAAGACAUUCCCGACCAGCUCACCCAGCUGUUCGGAGAGCCAUGUAUCAAACUGGCAGAGGGCAUCAAGGCCUACAUCUCUAAGGUCACAGAAAACAUCGUCUCCAAACAGACUUUUAUAGAGGCACGUACCAUGCCUCGCACUUUCAACUCUACGGGGUCAAAGUUCGUGACCUCCGUGCCACAGCGGCCCUCGGCUCACUUGACCCUGAGGGACUCCAGUUCUCCAGGGUUCCCCAUGUACCCCCUCCCCACCCCGGGCCUGCACCAGUCCUGUCGUCACGUGGUCCGCUCCUGGGCCAAUCAGAGCUUUGGGUCCCACCUACACAACAUGAGCCUGACCAACGGGAAGCUCAGAGUGCCACAAGACGGACGCUACUACUUGUACUCACAGGUGUACUUCCGAUAUCCGUCUCCAGCCUCUAAUGAAGGCGACCAGCGCAGUGUGAGUCACCAGCUGGUCCAAUGUGUGUACAAGAAGACCUCCUACCCCAGCCCCAUACAGCUGUUGAAAGGCGUGGGGACAAAGUGCUGGGCGCCUGACGCUGAGUACGCUCUGCACUCGGUCUAUCAGGGAGGACUGUUCGAGCUCAGAGCCGGAGACGAGCUGUUCGUGUCCGUGUCUUCGCCGAACAUGGUCAACGCCGACGACUCCUCCAGCUACUUCGGCGCUUUCCGAUUGGACCUCUAAAACAAUCCAGGAAUAAUUAUGGAUUUACAAACUACCGAAUUGGAAAAACAGUUGUGAUUUCGGAACUUUUUCUAGAAAUUUUUUUUUGCGAUAUUGGCUGGACCGAUGUUUUUUCGAAAGACGUUUUUUUGUAAGACUUUCUAAAGGAGGACAACACUGAACAGUUUAAAGCGGAUUUGCGUUUUAAUUCCUUUUAACUUUUUAAAAUUUUUUACCAAAAUCCAUCAGUUACGUGCAAUCACCUGGAGAACACUGUGAUCAUAUUCCGUAUUUUUCUCGAAGGAAUUCCUCUUUUGGACUUUUGGAGAAUUCCAGGUUGACAAAUCCAAAAUUCAUCAUAAUUUUCCGCUAUAUUUCUUCACCACAGAUGCCUUUUGGAGUGAAUUCAAAUGGAACUUUUGAGUAUUUCAGACUUGGGAAUGUAUGAACGAUAGUGAACUUGUGAAAAAUGCGAGGAGCGAUCAAACCAAAGCAAAAACCAAAAUGUGGAAUAGAACUUGUGCCAUGUCGUGCUGUACAAAAACGUUCUAAUAAUUAAUAUGUAUUUGAUCUCAUUGACUGUGACCACUCGGACGCUUUGUAAAAAAAAACGACUUAAGAUGUGGAUUUAAAGAAUGGAUUGUAUUUUUGUUGUUGAUUUUGUAAAAACACGGAGGAGCAGGAAAAGAGAGAAGAGAAGAGGAGGAGGAGAAGGAGGAGGAGGCGUGGUCAUCUCAAGGUUGUUCAGUAGCUUGCGUUCAAAAUCUGAUGAUGUCAUAAUUUCAGAUGGAGGGCGGGGCUUAUAUAACUCUAAGGGAGAUUCAGUUUGGGCUCUGUGUCACUUUUCUGGUGUGUGGAGGCGUUGAAUGUUCCGCAAUAUGGCAUUAAACUUAUUUCACUUGCAGUUUUUAUUGCUCAAAAAAUACUUGGCCCUGUGGUGUCACCCGUUUAGUCCAGUUUAAUGCCGUAUUGUUCAACGUUAAAGAGGCGAUAUUCUGCGAAAUUGACUUUUUUUGGAGCGUUCUACCAUAUUAUAAAGUCGAAAACGAAACUAACUUCAAAACUUAAAAGUGUUUAUAUGUUGUUUUUGGCGAAUAUAGUAUUUUCAAAACAAUAAAAAGUAACGUGGUGAUCUAAAUAUGCUAUGUGUUAAGUGUUAUCCGAGGCCGGGUCGUGGGAUCAGGAACUUCCAGACGUCCCUCACCCCGGACACGUCCUCCAGCUCCUCCAGUGGGACCCCAAGGCGUUCCCAGGCCAGCCAAGAGACAUAGUCCCUCCAGCGUGUCCUGUGUCUUCCCCGGGGCCUCCUACCAGUGGGACAUGGCCGGAACACCUCCCUCGGGAAGUUAAUACUCCAUAGAUGUGUAAUACCUCCCCUCUUUAAGCAUCUCCAUCAAGAAGAGCAGAUUCCAGACCAGAAAUGUUACAUAGUGCAUCUGUAACUUAAAUUUAUAUAUUCUACAAAAACAAAGCCAAAAACAGAACAUAAAAUCUAACCGUUUUACUUUUUUAGAUGAUAAAUUGAGUAGAAGAAGUUGCCCCUAAACGCAGUACUGCCUCUCACUCGUUGUUUAAUCCACCAAUCCGGGUUUUUCUGUUCUAAUACUGAGAAGAUACUUUGGUUUUAAGUAUCUCACAGAUCUAUGAUUCCACCCUCAGACCCAAAGCAAACAAAAAGAAACAAAAGAGAACAAUAGGAGGGCCAUUAAAGGUUGUUAAGGCUGAAACUGGAGACAAUAGCUGUUUAUAGUUUCAGUGUAGUUAGCUCCUCCCUUAAGACAAAUAUAAGGCAGUGUCCAGCAGUGAAUCUGACCCGAACUGAAGAAGCGGCUUGGACGAGCAACAAAACGUCUUCACUCUUACAACGAUUUGUCCAGUUGACAGAUUUAAACUUCGUCUUUUGCUAUGAAUCAGACCUGGACGAGUGAGGGACUACACAGAAGUCGAUACCUGAUAUCAACCGAUGCUAGAGCAGAGACUGAAAGUGUCAUUUAUUUUCUUUAAACACAAACAGCACGAUAGAAAAAUGAUCGAAAUGUGUUUUGUAACUACAGAACAGCUUUGUUAAAAUACAAGUUUAAUAUGAUAUGUUUUGGGCCAAUAUUCGAUAGUGAAUUGUCUUAUUACAUCAAUUUAUAGAGCAAAAUAGAAGCUGAUAUCCAAUCCACCAAAAUGUUCAGUAUUGGCGCAGUGCAUCUGUAUAAAUGAGCUGAUCGAACGUGCCUCCUCCUCCUCCUCCUCUUCGUCCGUCUGACACACUUUUGUUUAGUUUAAAAGUUUAUGUCUGUUUUUCCGGUUAAACCUGUGAAGCCACGUUCUGUUUAAAUCACCAUUACUCACGCUAACACGCUAACCCGCUAACACACCAGGACGCUAACACAACAAAGUGACAGACUCUGGAUUUACGGCUAGCUUUAGCGCCAAAGCUAAUCAUUUAGACACUACAAGAAAGCGUUGUGUUAAUGUUAUUGCUGUGAUUUUGUCUCUGAAUGUAAGUGUAAAUGAAAAAAAUUUGAUGUUUUUUUUGUUUUGUUUUUUUUAUAAAACCACUAAAUUUCUGUUUUUAAAUUUGGAUUUGUACAUUAUUUGCUAUUUUGGUGCUUGAAAAGUUGAGGCGGAUGGUACCUUGAAAGUUUGGGAUUUUUUGUAUUGAAAUUUUUUUUUUUUAAAUUGACUUAAAUGGAUAAUUUAAAAAAACUAACGCAAAACAAACAUGCACCGCUUUAAAGGUACACUAUGUAACUUUUAUGAAGGAUAGCCUGCCACGCGCUUGUUUCCAUGGAGAUGUGAUUGCUUUGUUUGCAAUGUUACACAGUACGGCAUUAGCUUUAAAAUUCAUCUUACAUUUGGUAUCAUCUGCUUGUCUCCAUGAAGAUAGAUUCGUUUAAUGCCAUACUGUGGGACGUUCCAGGCAAAGAAAUAACAUCCAGUCAGGCCUAAAAGUUACAGAGUGCAGCUUUAAAUAGUUUGGAGUAAAAUAGUCAGGGUCUUUUAUGCAACCAAUGAAAAUAGACGCUUUAUUCAGCCACAAUGUACAGGACCGUUUUGUUUUAAUGAAAUCGAAUUACCACUAAUGCAAUGAGCAGAGUGUGAGCACAGGCUGUGUACGGGGACGACGCUGUGAAAAACUGAAGCCAAUAUUGUGUGAAAUUUCAAAUAUAUUUAAAGGAAAAGACAGAAAUAUUGUUAAUUUAUUGUAGGAUUGUCAAAAGUCACAUUCACAGGACAGAAAUGAACGAAAUGAACAUGAAUGAGGAAUUACACACAUAUAAGACCACAUGGAAAUACACAAGAAAGUACCACGACGUAAUGUUAAAAAUCACAUUCUACUGCCUAAAUAUGGAGUUUUUAUCAUCAUUGUAGCAUCAGAAUCGGUUUCAAGUAUCAAGUCUAUUCCUUAGUAUCGAAAUCCAGUUUGAAAUUUUAGUAUCGUGACACUAAUUUAUUGAUAAGUUGAGUAUAUAUAGGUCACGGGUUCGCAACAGUGUAGUAUUUUUGUAUAGAUUCAAAGAAAAUUAUAUAUGUAUGUUUACAAUUUCAUAUAUAAUUUUCUGACAUCUUGAAAUCCAUUACUAUUUACAAUUUAUAACUUAUUUAUUGUAUCAUACUUUCCCCUCAAACCAUUGCAGCAGCAGUAGUAGUAGUAUUUGUAGUAGUAGUAGUAGUAGUAGUAGUAAUUUGUCUUCAUUUUCUCACAGCUAACCUCUCUAUCCAGUCUGUGUCGUUAAAGUGUUGUUUGGAUGUUUUGAUUCUGUGAGCACCUAAACUUUGUAAUAAAAUGUUUUGAUGAAAUG